AUGGUCAAACCCAAGAUCCUCUGUCUGCACGGCGCAGGCUCCAACGCCGCCAUCUUCAGAGUCCAGCUCCGGCGGUUCACAAAGGCGCUCGACGACCGUUUCGAUUUCGUCUUCCCCAACGCGCCAUUCGAAUGUGGCAUCGGGCCCGGUAUGCAUCCGACCUUUGCUGGCUCGGGGCCAUUCUACCGGUGGCAGUGCGAGGAGUCCAACUCGGAGCACCUCGGGUUGACGGCCGAAGACAUCAACCGCGAGCGCGAGACGGUGCGAAACCACCUGGGCAACCUGCUUAAGCAAGUGAGCGAUGCGCCGUAUGUCGGUAUAGUUGCUUUCUCGCAAGGGUGCGGCAUAGCCACGGGUUUGCUCCUCGACCAGCACGAGCUGGGUCGGUAUUGGGGACAGUGUCUGACGUUCCAGUUCGCCUGGCUGGUGUGCUCUACGUAUCCACCGUUGACAUUGCUCACUUCCCCAAAAGAACACUCGGCGAUUCAUGACCAGACUGUAGGGAUCCCCUCGCUGCAUCUUGUUGGAACAAAAGACCCCUACAAUGGGCAGUCAAGGAAGAUGUAUGAGAACUUCUGGAAGGGGCCGAAGACCAAAUACAUGGAGUUUGAGGGCAGCCAUCAUGUUCCUACAACGCAGGCGGAUGUGGAUAGGGUGCUGGGGUUUCUAUCACAGAUGACCCAGUCUGUUGUUAUUAUGUAG